UCUGGAAAGGGCUUCAAAGGGACACGUUUCCCAACCAUGGAGGCCAUCAAAUCGAAUGCGACUGCUGAGCUCCGGAAGAUUCCAAAAGAAGCCUUCCACAACUGCUUCCAGCAAUUGCAGGAUCGAUGCAGCAAGUGUGUGUGCGCGCAAGGGCCCUACUUUGAAGGUGAUUAGGUCUAUAAAGGGCUGGAUAUAGUGACGAACAAGGUGACAGCCGAAGAACGAAGCCUGGCAGCACACCAUCUGCUGGACAUUGUAGAGCCAAUGCAACGUUUCACUGUCCUGGAUUUCCGGAACAGAGCUCUGCCCAUAAUAGAGAAGUUGAUGCAGGAUGGUAAGUUACCAGUGAUCGUUGGUGGCACCAAUUAUUAUAUUGAGUCACUGCUGUGGAAAAUCCUAGUGGAGAAUCGUGACUCAUUGGAACAAAUUAAAUCUCCCACUGAGACUGAGGAAAUCCACAGUGAUGGUGCUGGUAGACCUAUCAAGGAUUGUGUUAGUGACAGAAAUGAGUCUUCUUCAGUAAAAAGGAAAAUGCUCGAUUGUGAAAGUGCUAAUGCUGUUCUUGAUGAAUGUGGUCACGGUGCCAGGAAGAGAGUACUGGAUAGUGAUGAUGGGAUCUGUAGUUACAAAUGCGCAAAAUUGCAGGCCUGUGAUGUGGGGUUAAACACCUUUAGUAAUAGGUGUCAGUUGAACAUUCGGAGUAAAGGUUUCCAAGCUCAAGAGAGAAAAGAGGACGGUGUCUGUGAGGGGCCAUACCUCAACAGUGCCGAUUGUUAUAAGGAUCUGGAUCACAGUGAUGCUGAUGUUGUCCGAGCCCGGAGUAGAGUGUUGAGUGGAAGUCAAGAGGUUUGUCAAGAUAAAGACAUUGACUGUGAUAAUGAUCGGGUAAAGCCAAUCAUUGCUGAGUUUCAGAAUAAGGAUUUUGGAAGCAAUGCUGUGGCUCAAGCUCAGAGCGAGGUGCACAGUGGUAAAGACCAAGUUGAAGAAAGUUCACAAAGACAGAGAACUGAAGUAAAUUUUGAACUAGUGUACGAUCGUGACAGGAAGAGACUCAAGGAGGUGCUGAGUGGUGAGUUCAUGGAAAGGAGGACGCUAAGGGUGGAGAACGAUGUUGUGGAUUUGAUGGAUGAAGCAGCGCUGGAACAUGUGCCAGGUCCACAUCUGUAUGAAAGGCUACAAGCAGUAGACCCUGAUAGGGCGCAGCAACUUCAUCCCAACAAUAAACGUAAGAUCAUAAGGUCGCUACAGGUCUAUGCACAGACGGGCCGCACGCACAGCGCCAUCUUACGGGAGCAGCGGUCGGAAGAUGGCGGUAGUGAGCUGGGCGGUCCUCUCCGUUACCCGCACGCGUGCAUUCUCUGGCUACAGUGCGAGCAGGAGGUUCUUGAUAAGCGCUUAGACUUGCGCGUGGACGCCAUGUUGGAGCAGGGAUUGUUGCGAGAGCUGCUGGAUUUUCAUCGGCUGUAUAACGAACAGAGGAUUGCUACAAGCACCGAGCCAGACUACUCAAAGGGAAUAUUCCAGUCAAUUGGGUUCAAGGAGUUCCACGAGUAUCUGGUGCUCAGUGAAGAAGACCGCAGCUCUGAAAAAGGCUCCAAAUUGCUCCAUUCAGGAGUGGAUGAACUGAAACGUGUCACCAGACGAUAUGCCCGACGCCAGCUGCGCUGGAUCACUAGUCGCUUCCUACGCAAGUCUAGUCGACAGGUUCCACCAAUGUAUGGGCUUGAUGCUACUGAUCCAAACUUCUGGAAUGAACAUGUACUGGAGCCUGCAGUGCAGAUAGUGAAGAGCUACAUGGAAGGUCAGAAACCUGCAGAGGUGGAACCUCUACCCGUCAUUGAGCAGUCCAAGAAGAAUGACUUAAUAUCCCACCAUUGUGAUGUGUGUGAUAGAAUAUUUAUUGGAGAUAUCCAGUGGAAUGAUCACUUGCAUUCCAGGAAGCACCACAAAAUGUUAAAACACAAGCAAGUGCAUAAAGAUUGAAAGAUUGAUACUA